AAUUAGGCAAAGUUAAAAUUUGUGGUGGCUAGUACUAUGGCUGGGACCCUUUAUGUACUGUUGAUGAAGUUAGGUGCUGUUCUGAGCAUUAUUUGUGGCUAUAGAGUGGUGUUUUGUUCGAGGUUUGUUUAUGGCUCCUGAGACCGCUGUGUAUUGCUAUCUUGCGGGCUUUACUUAAAUUGGUAUAACUAGAGGAGCAAGCGAUCGGCAACAUUCAUUUCUUUAGGGGGUGUCUAUCUCAGUGUUACAGUGUGUUUGAUCCUAAAUUAAUUUUAUGCCGGAAUAUCCCUUUUAAUGAGAGGCAUUUCCAUCAGAGUUUAAAACCAGAGUCAAUUUUUUAUAUGUAUAUAUAAAGUGCAGGUCUAGACCAUCUUCAAAAUCCAACAAUGAGUAAGCACUUUCUAAUAGUGGCAGUGAGAAGCUUUCUUUUAACAGGUAGAAACUUUAAGCAAGACCAAAUUGGUAAGUGAUCACCCAUCUUUCAUGACUGAAUGAGAUGAAUGUUUUAUUACUCAAGAUAAAGUCAAGUGUGCAAGGAACUGAACUAACAAAAGGCUGGAAUGAAUCCGGGCUUGAUUUCUGCACAGCUCUGGACAAGUAAUUCAAAUUCAGAUGUGUUAAUAUUCGAAGCCACAACACAGGCUUAUACAAUCAUCUGCAUGGCUGCUUCAUAUCCACCUCCACUGCGGAUAUUAAAUCAGUUUCUUGACAGACAGCUCUAAUACAUGUGUUCGAUUAUUUUGUACUCCGUAUUCCAUACUGACAGCAAGAGGAGUCAAAGAUGAAGUAUGAAGCCUACAGCCUGCAAAUAGUUUUAUUAUCUAUUUACCCUGAGAGUUGCAUAUAGCCAAACUGUCAUGAUACAUUUGCAGCUGCCCUUCUUAUAUACCCUGAAAUGUUAUUUUACAUUUAGAUUUAACUGAAAAUAAUGCAAAACAGUGUAUCAGAUAUUGAAAUGAAACUGUGUGUGGUAAAUACUUAUAUGCUUAUUUUAUGCACCUUUUAAACUUGGUACAUGUUGGAUGCUGAGUCUCUUGGAAGUAAAGCUUCACCAAUGAGAGACUGUGUGAGCAAAACAUGUCUACGAAAAAAUUACAAAUAAUGUUCCUCGGUGCAAAAAUUGCAAAGAAAAGCCAAAUAGACAAUGUCUUUUGUACCAUCACAUAACAGGUGAAAACCCCCAAAGAAUAUAUUUAAGACAGUGGUUUUCAGGGCCUUGGAAAAGGUGAUUCCAAGUGUCAAUACUCUUUUCAGACUGCAUCUUUUAUUUAGGAAACACUUCAUGAUUGAUAAAACUAACUUCAAGUCUGCCACGCUGAUAUCCCAGACUCGCUAAGCUACACAUAAUCUAUUUUCCACGUGGCAAAUCACUCAUCUCCACAAAGACGAAGGUCAAGAGGCACAAAAAGAGCAAUCAGGGUACUUCUGCAUGAUUCUGCAUAUCAUUUCUGAACCCUUAUUAUGCUGCUGCGACUCUGCCCACGUGUACCACUCUUUGACGUCUUUCUGAUAUUCUGACCUUCCUGUAUCUCUUUGUACUCUGCCCCUUGAUUUUCUUUCAAAGCCUCUCUUUGUUCUGCACCCAACAGUAUAUCUUAUCUUUUGUUUGUUGGGAAAAGUCUCAAAUGAGCUUACUGUGCUUUACAAAUGGAACACAGCUCAGAAAACUGAAACGGUACAGUUGGCCGGAUAUUUGCCUCUGCUUCGCCUGACUGUACUUCUUGUGUUGCACAGUGACUGUAUAGGCCUAUAAACUGCAGAUGGACCAUGUAUCUCCUCCACCCACAGGACAAAAUGAGGAGAAAAAACGUGUCUGGGACCAGAGGGAUCAGUUUUGAGGAGUUAUGGUAUUAAUGUCCCACCCCUUUUGCUAGAGAAAACUGAAUACUAAAGCAUUAAUUUGCAUGAUAUCUAUUGGCUAUAUAGACGGAAAAUAUGUAUAAAGACCCACUCCGAUGAAAAUCAUGUUUUUCUUGUUGUCUACAUGUUCGUAUGGCAUUUUUCUGAUACUAGAGGACAUAUCAUGAGACAAAAAAGUGCAAAAUUGUAUUUCUGAGUAUUUCUGUAUCUAAAUCGCUGUGAAUCUCUGGCAGAUCCAAACGCCAGGAUCAGAUACAGUGAGAUUUCAUAUGUAACCAAUCCAAGCUCCGCCCCCAGGGCCCCACUCUACAGGACAGACUUGGAGAAGUAUAGAGGACGAUCACAGAACAAGCGUCUGCGUUAGCUGAUUGCAAUAUUCAUGAGAUAGCUAAUUAUGAUAUUAGCUUUUGUUAUGCCCCUAAAGACAGUAGUGUGUAGAACAGCGCUGUCUCUGCCCACGACUCAGAGGCAAAUUGCUAAUGAGCUGCUCAAGCUCUGCAGAAGAAAAGCCCUAGAAAACGACACAGGUAACAUGAUUUUGGCUAAAAACUUAAUAGUCAGAAUUCAAAGACCAAUGAAAUACUAAGUAGUAAAAAAAAAUCAAUCGGAGUGGGACUUUAUGAACUGAUUCCUUAGUCUGUAUUUUGAUUUAAAGUUUGACCCAUGUCUCAUCGGUUCAUUUGAAUAAAAUGGCCUUGGCUCCACCUCAUAUUUGUUUUUUUGAUACAGUCUGUGGCUUUUUCUUUGAUUUAUGACAAUAAACCAAACAAUCCACUAGUUUGUACAAACUCCAAAAAAAUAAAGCUGACAUGUUUUUUUAAAUGUUAGAUAUUCAUCUUGAGUGUUCGUACCUUCUUAACAUUAGCUCAUAGUGUAUUUAUUUAUUUAACCUUUAUUUAGCCAGGCUAGUCCCAUUGAGACCAAAGAUUUCUUUUUCAAAGGGGGCCUGGCCAAGAAAGGCAGCAAAGCAGUUUCAAAACAAAAAACAAACACACCCAGACUCACUCAGCUCAACAUCAGUAACAAGUAUGGUAAAAAUGAAACGUCACGUAAAACAGUGGCAUACAGACAGUUUGCUUUCAAGAGUUUUCACCAAAGAUUUCCAAACACUCAGAGACACUAGGUUCUGUAACUUAAAUUCAAUCUGCAGGUUAUUCCAUGCAAAAGGAGCAGAAAACCUCCAGCUCAGUUCGGACUUUGGGAACAGCAAACUGCAAGUCAAGCGAACGCAAAUUAUGUAAUCCUUUCUUUGCGACAAGCAAGGAGGAAAGAAAGAAAGUUUUACAGUCACUUUGGCUGAGAUGCUCUUUCAAAUGUAACAGGAAGCAUAAAUGGGACAGAGAGCCUGCUUCUUAGGAUGUGGUCAUGCAUCGACAUGUGCAUGUGGCUGUAAAGCGCGGCCUGUGGCUUUAGAAAACAUCUGCAGCUCAAAACUAGCACUGUUUUUCUUUGUGGGUGUCUGUUGAUGCUAUAAAGCCAGAUUUAUUGAUGUUACUAAAGAGUGUGAAAGGGGAGAAAUGUGUUUGGAUUUGUUUCUUUUCGUCCUCACAGAAUGGAGCCCAUCAAAUAUUCACCCAGAGCAAGAAGAAGAAGAAGAAGAAGGGAACACAUCUGUUUGAUCAUGGGCGUGAGUCGAUAAACAGAAAACCUACGUCAUAGUCAGGGUUCAAAGGAGGGACAUGUACUGCAACACCACAUAAAUAGACGCCGCUGUAUGAAAAAGUAAAACCAAACCAUGACGAGCGCUCAUGGUUGCAGUUAUAGGUUGGUGAAAAGAGAUUUGCAGUAAAAUUUCUGCAUUCUUAUGCAUUUAGUUUGGGCGUUUGAGUUUGAUUCAGCCUGAAGAUCAAACAAAGGUCACAUGGGGACUAAGACUAAGCAAAGAUCUCACUCCGCUCUCCCUUAAUUACAGUAAGCAGUUUGAAUAUCAAGUUUGUGAGGUGAACUCACUGUUUGUUUUGAUGUUAAAGGUUAAGGUUGCGCCAUGGCAACAGGGCACGAGGGGAGGAUCUGCAGAGGAGGAGUCAGGACAAGAACACAUAAGCAGCUGAGCAGUCUCCAAAUCCUUCUAAAUGACUACAGCUGGUUUACGUCCCCACAGUGGAGACAAUUAGAUUCAAAAUACAGAAGGGGGAUACAGUGAAGACGCACACUAUGAGUCAUGAGGCAGCACAGAGUACUCUCUGUCCUUUCACCUUUGUUUUAAUGGUACUGUCAGUGUCUUUACUCCCUUUUGUCCUGCUUAUUGCUGGAUUUUUUGUAAAGCUGCUUGGCUCCGAGUGUCACUGCGAAUUACAAUAAUGAACAUAAAGCUGCUAUUUUCUGGUGUUUCCCAGCCAAGCCCAGCGAAGAGGAGGAGGAGGAGAAGGUUACACUAAUAAAGGAUGGACUGAAUGCUACUGGUGCAGGAAAGAGAUUCACUCACAACACUUUGAGGAAUACAGUAGCUAGACUUUACUUCGUGGGCUUAAGCCAUUACUCAAAGGUGACAGAGGAAGAAGUUAGCACAAAAUGUGGAUACAGCACAAAAAAACAUUAAAUGCUAGCUCAGAAAGUGAACAAAAAUAACAUUUUGUUUUGGUUUUAUGCCUGUAUUUUUAUGAUGUAGUCCCACAGUACAAUGUUUGUAUUGUACGGCUUCAUACUAAUUGUACAACCUCUGCCAAAGUAAAGAAGUGUCACUGUAUUUUCGCAGAACUGCAGCCAGUAGACUUCAUUCACUGAAUAUAUAGCAGGAAAAAAACGCAACCUCUUGGCUCCAUUCUUGUUUUGGCCCAGUUUUGUUCUUAUUCUGUCAGCACUUCCGGCUGAACAAGUCAAGAUUUUGCCUGUGAAAGCAUGUUUGAUUGUAGAUUAUGUGUGUGGGGGUGGGGAUGCCUACGUCUGCGCUCAUCAUUUAUCAAUAAGGUCAGCGAGGAGUAACUGGGUUAGUUUCUUCUUGUACUCCAGGGGAAUUAAUUCUUGCUUUAUUAAAACCAGAACAAAGAAAACUCUUCAUAGAGGAAUUAUGCGUGUAAUCUGUUUGCAUUCUUUGACAUUUGAUGGUUGAAUUCCUUCGAAUUGAAAACACAAAGUCCUCCUGAUACAAAAUACUGUAACCUCUGAGGAUUGCAUGCUUCACAAAAGAUCACCGCCACAUAUUUUACUUUAUUUGGUAUUUCCAAAUCUAUCUUUGUGUCACGUGUUCCUCAGCCAGAGUCUGGGAUAUUUUUUCAGUUGUUGAUAACACAAAGGUAAGGGUCUUUUCACACAGAGCAGAGGAGAGUGAUGCUAUGAGCCAUCCUUUGUGGCAUUUUGAAGAAAGGCUUUCACACCGACAGUGGUCUUCAAUCAGGUUGUCAGGAGCAAUAACAUUCAACUAACCCAUGCUGGCCGUUAACCCAAACCUUACAAAACACAAAUCGAGUUGUCUGCCUUUUUUUCUCUGCAUCUCCUCUUGUCGAUACAAAGUGCAUGACUGUAUUUUUUUCUUUCUCUCUCUCCAGUGACCCUAACAAAAUUAUGAACCAUGUCCUAGCAUCUGGCUAGCUUCAACUGUGCCCUGGCAAUAAUUGGUAUCUGCAGACAUUUGAUUUACAGGGAAUUUCACUGCAAAUCCAUUUAUACGCACAUCAAAAGAUACAAUGUUUGAUUUUAUAUUUUCAUUUUUUUCACAAACUUCAGAAUUUAACCUCUUAAAUGUUAGAAAAAAGGAUUUUACAGUCUUCUUUGACUGUUCAUGCUCCACAUACUUUUAUUCAUUUAUCUCAAGCCAAAGAAGGAAAAACAGAUUAUAUCGAGUUUGCCAUGACAUUUAUGAAAUGUACAGCCUGGACCUUUAACAAAAGGCCUCUGGCCUCUGAAAAGAAUCUCCCCUCAACAAAAACUGAGUCUCGAACCGUCUGAAACUGAGGCUGAGUUCUUCCCUGCACUGGGCAUGUGAUGUUAUCAAAACACGUCUUAGACAGGGAGGCUGAAAAUGAGUUAUUCUCAGCUCCUUAUAGGGAGAGAGCAGCUCAUGGGAUUUAAAAUAAUAAUUUUUUGGUUGUAUUUUGCUACAAGUCACCAGACUUAAGAUCCCUGAAUGGCUUUAAAGUUCAAAGUACAUUUUAGGUAAGAUCUACAUUGGUUGUCUUGCCCUGUAAUGAUUCUACACUGCAUUACCACCUGCUCAUUAUACAUUUUACCACUGAAAUCCAGCUCAUAAAACUCAGGACACAAACAAGUUGACUCAAAACUUGAUUUAAAGAUAAUCAAUUUGGUUUGAAAUGAAUUUAAAAGAAUUGAAAUUGCAACUUUGGACCCACAGUCUAAAACAGAUUGUAGGAGCUAAGUCGAUACUUUAAGGUACUGAGAUGCUUGACCCAGAGUAACCUGAAUGACGCGCUGCGCUACUGAGUUUUACCGUGAGCUGUGAUGAUCAUUGAAAGUCCGGACGUGGUUCCUCAGAUUCAGCAAACAAAAAAUUUAUUUCGAUGGACAUAACCAAAUCCAUUUUGCAAUUGAUAUCCAACACUGAAAAAAACAAGGAAAACGCCGGUAGUUAGCGCCACAACGGUCAAAAACCUUUUGCAGGUCAAACACCUGCCCACAACAGUGACAUGGCUACCUUUAUCCAUGAGCCCUCAGAUAACAGGACAGUGACAUCCAAGUCACACAAACUGAACUGCAACUCAUAAUAUGUAUCACAGCAACAUAUUUGGCUCCCACACAGAUGUUUAUCAGCCUCCAUGCAAGACCAAUUAACCUCAAACUAAGCUUUUAAAUUAGUUGAAACAUGGCGGACUCCUUCCUGCCGAGUGAUUUGAUGUGACGUGUGUGAUGUGCUUUUCUUUGGCCAAGGCAUUGUGUUUGAAUUUAAGAUUUGAAUCAAAAUCAUUAUGGGGUUUUCACUAAACAGAAUCAAGUUUUUAACACAGCUGGGUCAGAACAAAAGUUAAUAAUCAAAUCAUGAUCAUAUCGCUUCAAACAGACGGCUGCAGCAGCUCAGGUCGGUUAUCUCCCACUAAAGGGAGUGUCUCAUGAUCAGAGUCUUGACCUCCAUACAGAGGAAAUUAACCGAACACACAUCCCACAGUCGGUUCUCUAGUCCACCAGCUGCAAGCUCUUCUGCUUUGGCAUUCAAAAUGUUUCAUGAGGUGAAACAAGAGAUCCAUCCAGCAGCCGCCCAUUAGCCCUUAUUCUCUGCUCUUUGGCUUGGCAUCUCCCAUUUUCUUUUCCAUCCAAAGGGAGUGGUGUGCCACUUGAAAGCUUUAACAAUUAAACAAAGAGCUACUGCUCAUCCCUUUUCCAUUUGUUUUGUCAUGUUCUCCUCCUCUUGCACCCGCAGGCAUCGAUUCCUGCUCCGCUGUCAGCAGCACUUGGUCAUGCUGCCAUCAGUUAAUUGAGUGUCCGUAACAACAUGUUCCUCACAACAGAUGGCAGAGCUACAGCUUUCCAUGAAAUCUAUCAACAUUACAGAGUAGGACGGAGUCGCACUUAUGAUGUUUGUCACUGAUUUAGCUGUCAAUUUGAUCCUUUUAUUGAAAGCUUCUCUACCUGAUGCGACAAUAUUACUCAGAUGAAUUAUUCUUUGCACCAAGAAAGAAAGCUGCUUUGUCAAUAUUUAUCUCUCUUUCUCCUUCUAAACCUAAUUAAAAGUCAAAAUGCUUUAUCGCUUCAGUUCCUUGCUCUAGUCAUUAAUAAAUAAUCCAUUUAAAAAGGGGUUAUUUUUAUCUGUUUGAGAUUCAUAAAUAGCAUCGGCAAAAGGAGGAGCAGGAGGAUGGGGAUGAGGUGAAUAACAGGGAGGAGGUUAUCACAUUACAUAAAUGUUAUGAGUCUGAAUCAAACAGGGAGUCUGCAGCACUCACAGUGCACAGAGAGCAGUGGCCUACUUUCACUCUCUCCUACAACUCCUCGUGAAACAACUGCAGGAUCUGAACGAAAUACAACAGUUUUCUAAAAUCACAGAAACCACCCUCACAGGUCACAUUCCUGUACAUCUGAAGCCCAUCUCAUUGUCUCAAGUUUGCUUGAAUGAUUUUUGUUCUCAUUUCUCCCCCUCUCUGAUCUGAUCCAAGUUUGAAUGUGUUGCCAAAUUCAUUCAGACGGAGUUCAUUCAUCUAUUGGCGCUCAUGCGUAGUAAGGUCUGUGAUAGAGGCGGGUUUGUAAGUGAAGGAGAGGGACAACAAAACAAAACAGAGGCGCCUGGGGAGAUCCAGACACGAUGCACCUCCUUGUGCAAAUUAAAGUUAGGAGUUUGUUAAAGAGGGAUAUUCGCGUGCAUUAAGUACCUGCUCUCUCCGAUGGGGAGGAGGAGGGGGAGGCAGGACAAGACUGGGGGCGUUUCCAGCAGUAGCGGCGCGUAGCUUUCACACACAUCUUGCGCUCCCAGCUGAUGGGUGGAAGCACAGUGAAGCCGCAGACCAGCCUUAAACUGGGCAGUACCGGUGUGUGAUGAGUGCACAGAGACGAACGUUGAUCAAAAAGGGGAAUGCUUCAUCAGGCUUGGAGCAAGCAGAGAAGACAAAAACGCUGCGUAACCGACAGAUCACGCCUGCGACGAAUGGGGGCUGGUGCGCUCUGGCACUGACUGGGAAGCCCCAAAUUUCACUCGCGAGCUGAGUGUUAAGGACUAAACAUCGGCUCGUUUCCAGCCUGAGCACGUUGCCUGGGACUACUUUUGUAAUUUGCUAUCAUUACUUUAACUUUAGCUCCGGAUUAAGGAGCGGAAAGCGCCUGUAUCGUGCUUACUUGGCACUCUCCAACCGUGCCAAUGCUGGGAUGGCUUGUUGCUUUGUGCAUUACGAUCCUGGUGGUCCUAAUCUGGCCAGGCUCCAAAUAUUUUGGUACCGAAAGCAAGGCGGAUGCGUUGCUUAAAGGACUGGGGUUUUCUCAACGGGCAGCGAAGGAGAAAACCGGGAAGUGCGCUUCGGACCGUGAUGGAAGCACCGGCGCGGGUGAGCAGGCACGCGCCGUGGCGUUCAUCUGCAAACCAUCAGCGCUGGCCAACUACCUUCUCAAACACUGCAGGACUUUCAGUCAUUUCACCCCGUGUCUCGGGUGGACGUGGCAGGCCAGCGCCUUCCUGCAGAGCGUGUACCAGGCGUGCUGGCCGUACGACAGCCCGAUCCAGUUCGUGCGGGACAACCUGCAGCUGAGUGACGACGGGCUGGUGGCCUUGGACUGGGCUGUGCCAUCUUACCAGAAACGACGCAGGACCUCCAGUCACUCCACCAGUCCUGUUCUGCUUAUCAUCCCUAACUCCUUUGGGAAGAUCACCAGAAAUGUGCAGAAGGUAAACAGACUUUGUCGGGAUGAUAUUUGAAUAUUCAUAAGAUUCAUUCAGAAACUUGAAACCAAAACCAUAAAAAAAACUUUUAUGAUGGUUCAAGUUUUCAGUUUCAAAAUGUCAUGUUUUGGCAGAGGAAUAACCCUUAUUUUGAGAUGAGAAAAGAGCCCACUGUGAUGGGGAAAAGGCAGACGCAGAGGUCUUUCAACUGCUCUUUGAAUAAUCUGACUGAGGAAAUUGAGUGAGGGAUAACAAAGCAUGGCUUGACUUGAGGGGCCUGGGGAAGAGCAGCACUGCUCUGCAUGAAUGCCCAUUGACUCCCCGCACCACUCCAGGCACCUGGUAUCACCCCGGUUUAUUUCAUUUCCUACUCCUAAGCUGUGUGCUCGCAAACCCUGCAAGGAGUGAAGGUCACAUCACUCCAUCUUAGAGAAUAAAACACUUCUUAUGCAGGGAAGGGAACUAGGAUUAAGGAUGACAGAAACGAGGGAACAAAAUUAGGAGCAUUGAAGCUUAUGACUCAAAGUUGUGUGACAGUAAAAAGCUGAAUGAUGGAGUAACUGGCACAGUCGGACAGAUCUGAGCCUCAAAGGUUUAGCUUUUUUCUGAGUAAGGGGGCUUAAUCAGAGUCAGAGUAUUGUGUGAUGCUGUCAUCCGGUUCCGCUUGGGAGGACUGAAAGCUGAGGCACCACAAGGGAUAUACACCAAUUAAGAUUGCUCCUGUCACUGUUGAGACUCAGUGCAUAAUGCUGUGUGUGUGUGUGUGUGUGUGUGUGUGUGUGUGUGUGUGUGUGUGUGUGUGUGUGUGUGUGUGUGUGUGUGUGUGUGUGUGUGUGUGUGUGCCAGAAAGAUAGAUAAAAAAUGUUUAUGUUUGUAUGGACUCCAUACAUAUCAGUAACACAGAGAACAAACAGAGAAGGACAUUUAGACUUUAUCCCCUUCUCGUUUUUUGAAACACAACAUUCAUCAAUGAGCAAUCUCUGCUAAAGAUGUUUACACUCGGUUUUCUGUGCUCUUUUGUCAUUAUAGUAUCAUCUUUACACAUAAAUAAUCCUAAUGUUUCUGUAUAUAUGCCUUACAGUGGCUUCAAAUGUGUUUCACAGUUUGACCCUAAAAUCACACUUUUUUUCUCAUUUGUCAUCUGAAUCUUUAAAUCUACUAUUCAAAUAGUUCAGAGAGGUUUGUAGUAAAUGACAUGUUAAAAACAAAUAAGCCAUACGCCAAAAAAGCAUUCUUACUCAUUUUAUAGUCUGCUUUCUUGCUGUCUACUCCUUUCUCUCCCUGUAUAUAUUUUUCCUGUAAAAUAUUAGGACAUCAAAAGAAAACAGGGAUAUUGUAUGUAGGAAUGGAUCAAUAAACUGAUCAGCAUUGGCCCAUAGAAGGCAAUAUGUCAUACCUGCAAACAUUUGGGUUAUAAAAUCCAGAUUUUUGUGGUGCGCGCCGGGUAGUUUCCGGGGUUACCUUGUAUGGUGGUGAGCUAAUUAUGAGAGUAUUUGUAAUUAGAUAGCUCAUCCACAUAAGUAGAAGUAAAGCUGCACUCUUUUUUGUUUUAACAAUAACAAAUGUAAUAAAAAAUAUGCCUUGAACUUAUUUAGUCCACUAAUAUAGAUGUUAAAGUCCUCAUAUAUUUUACGUGCUCUCCUGUAUGAGGCUCUCUGAACAUCUGCGUUUGAAUUACAGCACUCUUUUAUCUGAGGCUGCCCUGAACGCAUCACUCCGAGACGAUGCAAGACUAUCAACGUAAAUACUAUAACCUCACGUUUGUUUCCCUUUAAUUGAGGUGUUUAUUUUGCAAAAAAACACUGCUUAAAUAUAGUUUACAGCUUAAACUGACCCGAAUCAUCCCAAAUCGUACAGUAAAAGUAUCAAUCCAGUGUCUGUGAGGCUCAGCAGAAACACAGGACAAUCUUCGGUUGUCUGGAAACUUUAGAUAAAUAUAGUGAUCCGAUUCAUGAAUGAACGUGGACCAUCAAACUACGGGAGAGUCCUGGGAAAAACGGGAGUGUUGGCAGGUAUGCGAUAUGUGCAUCAUGUUUUCUAAAUUUCUACACAAAAAAAUCCAUUUAAAAAUGCUAAUGGCUAAAAUAACCAUGUAUAUUUACAUGAAAUUAUAGAUUUACAUAUUUGACGGAGCGGCGCCGUCACUGAGCGCAGCUAGCGCGCACACAUGCUAGGCGACCACAAACACACAGACACAAGCUAUACGCUACACGCCAAACUUUCCACUCUGCUCCACCAGCAGCGGUCACAAGUAUCAAACUCAGUCACAUCCCCACAAGUUCUGUAGUUCACACGAGGGUGCACACUCGCCAUUUCACGCACACGUUCAUACAUUAAACACGCAGAAACUCACCGCAGACGCCGAGCUCUCCUCCUCCUCCCGCUGUCCUCAGUCAGCCACAGUGUCAGCCAAACAGGGGCGCAUCCACUUCCGGGUUCUUAAAGGGCACUUGGCGGGAAAAAGGGGCACCUGAUUUGUUUGACCUAAUUAUGGGUUGUUCUUCAGUAUAGCAGACUGAGUUAAAACACAUUAACAGGGGAAAAUGUAACAGACGUAUUUUGCAGUCUGUGAGUGAUUUUUAAUGCAAUGUUGGUUGUUUCUGUAGAAAGGAAACCCUGAUUUUGUUUUGGUGUAUCCUUAAUCUGCCACGCCCACUGGGGGGUGCUUAUUGUUUAAAACCAUCCAUUUUGUCCAUGUGAGUGUGGCGAAAAGAAACUCUUUUAAGGAAACUACAGGAAAGUGGAAUGAGAAUGUUGAACCUUAAGAAUUUAUUUAGUCUGGGAGAAGGAGAGUAUAAAGCAGUGUUAGAGUUUUUAAAGCAAACAGAAUUAAUAGACAGAAUUUAGUUUAAAGUAAAGAUGAAUUUAUUUUCAUAUCUGAAUAAGGACCACUGGCUCACCCCCCUGCAUGGUAGGUGGCGGUAAUGCACCUCUAACUUUGGUUGCCAUCUGUCGUAAAACAACAAGAGGAAGAAGAAGAGCUGGUGAUACAUGGCAGAUGCUACAAGGUAGAUUGAUUAUAAAUGGACAGUGUUUUUUGCUGUUUGAGUUUUGCUGGUUUCUCAAGCUGCUGUUGAAGGUUAUUGAAGAACCCAUUUUCAGUAUGAGCCCACUGCUCGAUAUUUUUGUAAAUAGUUUUGACACUGGACAUAUUUUUCACUGUGUUUGGAGACUGGUUGAGUUGAAACCCUCAAAUGUAACUUUCUGACUACGCCUCACUACGGGAGAACCUGACUUUUGUAUUAUUUUAUUGUAAUAUACACCUUUACACCUUUAGUUUUUCCCUCUCUUAAGAUAGUUGGAAAGACUUUAAAAAAUCCUUAAUGGUGAUAUUUUAUUUAGCAAAGUAUUUUUACAUCUACAUUAUUUAUUGAAAUGUUCAUUAACUGUCAGGAAAUUUGUUUUACAUUUGUAAGCAUUAUUAAAUUUUUGUAUUUUGCUCAAAAAAGGGAAAAGAAAAAACAACAUUUCAGCAUUAGAUAUCGGCCAACUUACCCUCUCAAUAUUGGUUUUAGUAUCAUCAGUUAAGACUGUUAUGGUCCACCACUAAUCAGAACUGAGGCUGAGUGACUGGUAGAGGCAAAAAAUAAUAGUAGAACAUUAGAGGUAGUUAAAUGUGUGGGCCAAAUGUUUGUUUGUUUGUUUUCCCUAAAAUCCCUGUCAGAAAUAUUCUUUUUGGCCUUCUUUCUGGGUGUUUGAUGAAAAUUAUCCUGCUGUCAUAACCCUCUGGUUAUUAUGAAACUAUUGCUAGUAGUAGCUGGGUUAACAUAGCGUAGCAUAUAUUGAUUUGAAAACAAAUAUUAAGCUCCGGUUUAAAAAAAAAUAAAGGCUAUACAGAAGUGCAAAAAGCUGUAGUUCUUCAAGUGUCCACUUGGGGCUUGCUCUAAAAGACAAGGUAUCCCCAUGUUGUAAUAGUCAAUUCUGAAGCGUAAACAAUCAUGUCAAUAGACUUGCUCAUAAUCAGCUUCUUCUUUACACCAAGAUUAUUGUUGUUUACAAAAACUAAUGAAAUCACACCUCUUCACAAAUCUAUGCUAAAAACAGGUGGAGACAGCUGGCGUAGUUCACCAAUGAGCACAUUUAAUCUUGUUUUAUUGUUAAACAUAAGUCAAGCUGUAAAAAUGCCACACUUCAAUAAGAGUUUGGCACACAGCCCUCCCCCUAAACACACUUGUACAUGCACGUAUCAUCUGAACCCAUUCAUUUUGCUCCACUUUAAAAAAAACAGGCCAGCGGGGUUCAGUUUAAUAAAUGGAGGUGUAUAGGACAUGUGGGAAUGAGCCCUACAAUCGUUGGCUUGUGAUCACUGUUCAAAGCAGCGUGUUGAAGGCUGUAAAUGUUCCUGGAAACAGACAUCCAGCUGGUGUAGCCGUCCUGCCUCAAAUGAUUUACACGCAUCACACUUCCCCGACAAAGCAGACAGAUUUGUGGCAUUUUGACCAUUAUUUUUUGACCUACUUACACUACAUUCUCAAUCUACUGCAUUCAUUUCACAUAUCAUGUGUUUCUUUCUGCAUGGGCUGAAAUUACAAUAUAAUCUGCUCAUUAUGUGUAAUCAAGCCUUCAUCACUUCAAUAGCAGGUUUUUAGCCCAUUUAUUUUGCUUUUGCCUGCUAUUAUAGAAAAGCUUUGGAAUUUUCCAAACAGCUCAGGGCACAGGAAAAUAGUUCAGCACUCAAGCAGUAAAUGUGGGGAAAGUUUAGCAUUAACAGCCGUUUAAUGGAUCUGUGAGAGAGGUAAUAGGAGUGUUAAGAGUUAAUCAGUCUUAGGCUUGGAAAUUUCUACAAAACCUUUUUUUUUUCAAGCCAGGAAAAAAAAAAUGUGAUGUAAGAUAUAAAAGGAAAAGUAUCCACUUUGUUUAGCUCAUAUAUCUAUGGCUUGACACUACAUAGAAAUGAGCGAUAACCACAGUAUUGUUUAAAUUGCAUAAGUUUUCAUUAGAAUUUCCCUUAAAAUGUGCUCCUGCUUGUUUAAUCUGUAGUGAAAUGAAGGAAUAAUAGAUGUGCAGGUGCAUGUAUUGCUAGGGGAGCUUGUAUAAUGCACAAUAGUAUAGGCCGUGUGUCCUUAACAGUCUUCUCUGUGGAGGCAGUGCCGUUUUUUUCCCAUACAAAACCAAUGCAGUUCAGCAGCGUCAGUGCUCAGGGUCCUAAGUGUGAAAAAACAUCAACUGUCUUUUUAUUUUUUUAUUUCUCAUUAUUCUAGCUGUGGAAUCUCACUGUGAAUGUCAUUUCUCUCUCCAAGUCAAGAGGGGGUGGGACUUAUGUUAUCAACUUUGGCAUCAACAAUAGCUGAGGUCUGUACAGAGGAGGAGAAAUUCAACUUUUGAAGACCUGUUGUUGAUGCCAGACGACAAUAUCUAUCAACCGUUUUCAUGCAGAGCUAUAUUAAGUAAAAGAAAAACUUCAGUAUAGCAAGCAGACAGACUUAGAGGAGGGAAAAUGCAGCAGGACAAAUGGAGUCAGACCUGUGAGCUAGUUUAACUCAAGCUGCGUUGAUUUCUCUUUCGACAUGUGUCAGUCUCACAACUGCAUGACAAAUAGGCAAGAUCCCUCUGCUUGCUAUGUCCUCCGCUGCCAUGCUUGACUCAUAUAUUUAGUGUCAGCAUCCACUGGCGGGCUCUGACUGUGAGGGGGUUGAGAUAUUGUUUCAUUACUCCUCAAUUUCUGCAUGAAAAAGUGAAACUAGGAGACGAGAGGAGUUUGGAAUUUAGACACCAAACAUAAAUAAUGUCCUGUAAUAAUGGUUCAAAGCAUAAAUCUGGGUUAUCCGACAAAAUUUUCCCAACAGAGCCUAAGGGUCUGUGAGGUUUGAGGCACUUUCAGCACCAAAAAAAAAACUACAUUGAUGGACACAGGCCCUUGAUCAGUGAGAUAGAAAUUAAACAUUAAUAUCUUUCAACCACAAAUAGUGUAAAUUAUCAUUAAUAAUACUGAAUGCAUUUCAGCUUUUGUCAAGAUUUACAAAAAUAAACUCCUCCUGUUGACCUCACCAGCCUGUCAAAGAGUUUUUUAGGCCAACUGUUGACCUGGAUAGAGGACAGAGCUCUGCAGUGAGAUGCUUUGUUUCCUGUAAAAAGGCUUUUAAUCAAAUAACAUCCUUCAUUUAACUUGAUUUGUGGCCACAUGUCCUGUUGAGGCUGCUGAAGUUUGUCUAACACUGGAGGUGGUCCCACAGAAGAGGAUCACUGAGGUUUGAAAUGCUUCUGAGAGGAGAUUGUCAAACUUUGGGAGUCUGCUUGUUUUAUGUCUGCGUCAUUGUUUCGGCACAGAGGGAGGGGUGAAUAAAUGCCGCCUGUGUGUGUAUGAGAGAGAGAGCUGGCAUGUUGCUCAGUGUCUGGAGUCCCUGCUGAUGGAAUUUGUCACUGAGCUGACAGUUUAUCAGCUCUGGCAGAAAUCUGCUGGAGAAGCUACUGUUUGUUUUUCGACUGUUUCUUUCUCUGGUUUUUAGAAAGGCAGUGUGAGUAAACCCCGUUCAUUUUCACUUCAUUCUAAGCCCUGAUAUAAUGUUAUUGAUGUUGAGAAAUAUCACAUUGUGUUUCUUAAUAUUUUCAGGGAAUUAUAUUACUUUGAAAUUGCCUUAUUCCCCUCUUCUGAUUCAAAAUUGUAUCUAUGGAAGGAGUUACGGAGGGGGCCAAUUAAAGGGAUAUUCUGCACCUAAAUUCAUGAACAGUACAUAAAGGGGCCCAGCCAAAGUACUAGCCACCAAACAUCUUUCUAGCUUUGUCUAAUUUCUUUAGCAAAGAGACUAAACACAACUCACCGUCUCCCUUUCAGCAGCUGCUUGUUUGUACAGAGACCUCCGGGCGAGUCCAUCAACUGCAGCGGGGGUUGCAGCUCAAGGAAGAACAUUUAUUAUCAUUACUUUAUCAUUUCUUUGAAGUAAUAAUCACCACAGUAAUCAUUUUGCACUGCAGACAAUGUAGUUCUUCUGCCUUAGUGUCUCUGUCUGAUUGCAUUUCCAUGAAGUAAUGAUCAUAAAUGUUCUUCCUUGAGCUGCGUCCCCCCGCUGCAGUCCGUAACGGCCUGAGGUCUCGCUACAAAAGAGUGGCAGCUGGAAGAGAGUAGGUGAAAUUAGGCAAAGCUAAAAAGAUGUUUGAUGGCUAGUACUGUGGCUGGGACCCUGUAUGUACUGUUGAUGAAGUUAGGUGCUAUUCUGAGCGUUAUUUGUGGCUAUAGAGUGGCUUUUUGGUUGAGCGCGUGGCUCUCUGUAUUGCUAUCUGCGGUCGUUACUGAAGUUGAUAAAACUAGAGAAUCAAGCGGUCGGAAACAUUCAUCUCUUGACGGGGUGUCUAACUCGGUUUUACAGUGUGUUUGACCCUAACUUAAUUUUACACUGGAAUAUCCCUUCAACAUAUGAUUGAAUUCAUGCAUGGUGUUCUGGUAUAGAAGCUCUUUCCCGAGACAACCAAGUUAUGUGUCAGACUGAUGAAGUCUUCUUUUUGUGCCAAAAGGCCUCAGCACUUCCUCCAGCAUGCAUCUCUGCAAAUUUGAAAAUCAGCGUUUAGCAACGAGAUGUUUCUUUAUUGACAAGGGUCAUCAUUAAGAUCAACACAAGGUUAAAUUUCCUUCCAGGAGCUGUAAUGAAUAUCUUUCCCCUUUUUUAUUUUCAAAUGUUCUGAACUUCUCCCUCUGCAUUAUCCAGAAAUAGAAGUCCAAAUCAUCAAAUUUCUAUCAAAAUAAUCACUCCACUAAUGAUGUCCUGUUUUAGGAGAAACAAAAGGUGGGGAUAUUUCUGUCCACAGUGCAGCUGGCUGAAAGAGAAGACUUCCUGCCAAAGAUCACAGGCUUUUUUUUUCUCAAACACUUCCUGCUCUCAUGUGCCAGAUUUGGCCUUAAGCCCAGUUCAAGGAGAAGUUGCAAAGUGCAGGUUGAGGCUGUUUGGACUGAUCAGUUGACUCUCGGCAGCUUGUAAAAACUCCCAUGAUAUUAGGCUCCAGGGUGUGUUUAGACCUUCUCUAUAGUGACACCAACAAAGUGGCGCAAUAUCUGUUUGUAACAACUUACAGCAAGACUGAUAAACUCUACAGGUUUACCCUUGUCAUUUUUAAAAGUACAAUGAGCUGGCUCCAAAAGACAAGGGGACCUGUUAGAGCUCAAGGUAUAACCCCCUUUUUAAUGGCAGAGUUAAACAUGUUCACAGUUUAGAGCAAAAAUGGCCCCCUGAGUCUCCAACUGGUCACAAUUGUAAUCCUCAGAGUAAUCAUCUGCAAUCUGGUGACCACUGUUUUUAGGCUUCAAAACUUCUAUUCAAAAACCAAUGAGUGAUAUAGCAGAGAUUUGCCCUUUAUUUCACAGUCUUUGGUUUUUGUACGUCCAAGUAUGGACUGUCAGAUCCACGGUUCAAGAACUUUGCCAAAGUCCAUUACAUAGCAGUCUGUUAUUGUAACUCUUAAUCACAAGUGUUGAUUAACCAAAGGCGGGUCAAAGAAAAAUCCCCACAAUUAUUUUCUUUUCCAAGUCAAGGUCGACAUCUGAACCAAUUCAGCCGUAUCACAGUGUUAACAUACAAAGUGGCAUAGAAAAAUAAAGAAACACGUACUGUAGUUUUACUGCGUUCCCACUUCCCUCACCAACAUUCUUCCCUUUGCAUUAAAGUGGCACCAACCUGAGUUCUCAUGCGUUAAACUGGAAAGACAUUUAAUGAAACACUAUGGAAACUUAAAGGGGGAGACGUGUCAUGCUGUGUUAUUAAAACCCAGAACAGACCGUGUGGUUUUUUAAGAGGAAAUGAGAUUAUGUCAGCACAGCUUGUAUAAACAAAACGCUGGAAUCGACAACCAGCUUGUGCUCAAAUAUGUCCUUACAGUUCAGUCUAAAAAGAGAAAAUUGUGGAUUUUAUUUGAACAAAAUUGAAUUUUUUUUUUCUCUACAGCUGUGUGAAACUGCACUCUCCCAUGGCUACCUCCCUGCAGUUUUCAACCGCCGCAGCCACAACGGCACGCCGCUCACCACCCUCAAGCUGCAGCAGUUUGGUGACCCUGCAGAUCUGCGCGAGGCCGUGCGCUACAUUCGCUACCGGCAGCCUGCAGGGAGAUUGUACGCGGUGAGCGAGAGCACCGGGUCGGGCCUCCUCCUGUCUUACCUGGGGGAGUGUGGAUCAUCCAGCUACAUGACCGCGGCGGUCUGCCUGUCGCCGGUUUUCCGCUGUCAGAGCUGGUUUGAGAACGGGUUGUGCUGGCCUCUGCAGUGGAUGCUGGUGCUUUACCAGAAGAUAUGUCUCAGCAGGUAUGGAGGGGAGGAACUUCUACAUAGAGAUUAUGAGUCACAUGCAGAUCUUCCACUCAUUUGUGUAUUUUUGUGCAGGUACAAGACGGUGCUUGGUGAGACCAUACAGACAGACACCCUGUUUUCCAGCUGCUCCUUGCGUGGCCUGGAGUCUUCGCUGUUCUGUCAGACUGGACAUUCAGGUUCAACACCAUCAACGCUCUCAGGGACCAGUAUCAGCACCACUUCAGGUGCCUGGGACACUUACUGGGAACGUAACGAGCCCUUAAGAGACGUGGAUGAAGUGGCCAUCCCUGUGUUGAGCGUGUGCGCAGAGGAUGACCCAAUCCGUGGUGAUAUCCAAUCCACAAUCCCCUCUGAGCUCUUUGAGACGAACCCACACUUUUUCCUCCUCCUGACUAAACGUGGAGGUCACUGUGGUUUCUCCACCCAGCCAGAGGAGAGCGCAUUUAGUAAUGCUGGUUCUGCAGCUGUGCCAAACAACGUGAACGAGAGCCAUGGGACCAACUGGAGCCACAAAGCUCUGCUGGAAUUCUUCCGGGCAACCACAGACUUCUUUGCAGCGGAGGAGAGAGCGAAACAGCUCGCCACGAGAAGGAGGGGACUUGGGGGAGGGGCAGGAGGGAGGGUUUUCCGCUACCGCAGCGUCAGUACGUGUAAACGAAUGCCAGCAUGUUCCCAUAAUAUCCAUGCUAUAUACAACUGGCAGAGGUCCUACACACGAUAAGGGAGUUUAAUGGAAGUUAAUGGACCUCAGUGAUGCUUUCUGAUUCUGCAUGUGAAGGACUCAGGUGGUUCUCCGCCUGACAGACACUCUUCUCAAGGAGUUAAACUAAAACAAGUGCAGCUGUGUGAGGUCAUUUUCACGCACUUAAUGUGAGCCAUGAACAUGAAGGAUGGUCAAAAGCAUCAGGACAGGCCUCAAGCUCACAUAUGUUGCCUUUUUUCGAACGCUGGAGAACAGCUGACACUAAAGAAAAAAACAAGUCGCAUUGUGUUUUUUAGAGACUGAUACGAAUCUCGUCACAUCUGCCUCACAGUUAACAGCUUGCUAUAUUUGCGACUAAAACUGCUCAUUGUCAUUUGGUACACGUAAAAGCUGAACGUCGACAGUUGUAUAUCACCUCAAUGGUGUUUAUCUGGGAGAAAAGUGUGUUUAAAAAUUGUGCCUGAAGUAGAAAAGAAAGUCAAUCUUUGGGGAAAAAAAGAGAUAAAUUUGAGCUACGUGUCAAACAGGGUUGAUAAACUUCACAGUGGUGUUGUACCGAGUUAACCAUGUGCAUCCUUUGAAUUUACUGCUGUUUUGGUGCUGCAAUACCAAGAAGAGAGUGCAUCAUACGUAACGCCCACCAAGUGUGUUUCAAGAAGUAAGCGUGUGUGUGCAUGUGAGUAUUGAGGUAAUAUAUUUUUAAUAAAUCUUCUUUCUAGAAGUUCUCAUUGUUUUUGGCUUGUGACUCAAUCUUUGUGUUGCAAAGAUUAAGCUCUGCUGCUUUGGCAGUGAGAUAGAGUCUAAGAGACUUAGCAUUAAAAAAGAUAUAUUUACAUGCUGUACCAGUCUUGGGCAUCAGGGUAAUCAAUAAUAAAUAUUUUCAAUCAUGCAGAGCACUGUGUUUCAAAUAUUCUGUGAAAAAAGCCUGUAAACGGGUCUCAACUAAAUAAAAAAAGCGGGACAAAUUGAAGAUUCAGAGUUGUAACGAGCAGAAAUCAGGACCCAAAACCUUUGAGCACCGUUUGUAAACCAAUGUUUGUGUUAUGUUGGUUUUAUAAGAACGUUAUGUGCCUUUUAAAUGUGUAUUAUUGAAAAUAAAAGCUUAGAAAAAGAAUAUUAAAGAUGCGAAACUUUUUGUUGUGGAAAUGUGCUCUUAAAAAAUAUCUCAAAGCUCCUCUGAGGAUCUCGAGUUGAUUUUGACACCCUUGUGAAUAAAGCAAGACUUCUUAUGUC